CGACCUGCCCUACCUGCUGCGCCCGGGUGCCGAGAGUCCCGCGGUGACCCUCGGCACUAUGGAGGCGGAUGCGGACCCCGAGGAGCUGGCGCGAUUGCGCGCGGUCUUUGCCGCCUGCGAUGGGAACCGCUCCGGGCGCCUAGGGCGUGCGGAGUUCGGCGCGCUGUGCGCGGAGUUGCGGGUGCCCGAGGCGGAUGCCGAGGCACUGUUCCGGCGGCUGGACGCUGACCGCGAUGGCGCCAUCACCUUCCCGGAGUUUGCACGCGGUUUCCGCGGGGCGCGCGUUGGAGACCAGGCGGAGGACGAGGGAGCUUGGGACGCGCUGGAGCCUGAGAGCCCGGGUCCGGCUUGGCGGGACUUCGUGACGCGCCUUCGGGACGAGGCCAGGCUCAUCCCCAGAAAAGAACAAGUUAGUACCCUGUAUCAAAACAUCAACCUUGUGGAGCCAAGACUAAUUCAGCCAUAUGAACAUGUGAUAAAGAACUUUAUCCAUGAGAUCAAACUUCAAAGCACAGAAAUGGAAAACCUGGCCAUUGCUGUGAAGAGAGCCCAGGACAAGGCAGCCAUGCAGCUGAGUGAACUGGAAGAGGAAAUGGAUCAAAGGAUUCAGGCAGCAGAAAAUGAGACCCGGAAAGAUGAAAAACGAAAAGCUGAGGAAGCCCUUAAUGACCUCAGAAGGCAGUAUGAAGCAGAAGUAGGAGAACUGCAGGGGACCAUCAAAAGGUUAAAAAAGCUUGAAGAACAGUCAAGGCACAUAAGUCAAAAGGAGGACAUGGCAGCAUUAAAAAAACAAAUUUAUGAUUUAUCAAUGGAAAAUCAAAAACUCAAGAGCGAUCUUUUAGAGGCACAGACAAGCAUAGCCUUUCUUCAGAGUGAACUAGACGCUUUGAAAAGUGAUUAUGCUGACCAGAGUCUGAAUUCUGAACGGGAUCUGGAAAUAAUCCGAGAAUAUACAGAAGAUCGCAAUAGUCUUGAAAGGCAAAUUGAAAUCCUCCAAACAGCUAACCGAAAGCUGCAUGACAGUAAUGAUGGCCUCAGGAGUGCACUGGAAAACACUUACAGCAAGUUCAGCAGAUCUUUGCAUAUAAAUAACAUCUCACCAGGGAAUACAAUUUCCAGAAGCAGCCCCAAAUUUAACCACCAUUCUCCUCAGGCACUGGCAUACGACAGGUCAUCUCACUCUUCUUACAUCGAAGGAGACUAUGAAUCAUUGGCUCUCUGUGACCCUAUGCAGAGGAUGAAUUACGAAGUUGACAGCCUGCCUGAGAGUUGCUUUGACAGCGGUUUGUCUACCCUGAGAGACUCUAAUGAAUAUGAUUCUGAAGCAGAGUACAAACACCAGAGAGGAUUUCAGAGUUUGCAUGGAACACAGGAGAGCCUUGGGGGUGAUGCAUCAGACACAGAUGUUCCUGGUAUAGGGGGUGAAGAAACAUAUGAUUCUGAAAGUAUGGCCUCUGUCUUAGACUGGAAACCCCAAGGGUCUGUUACUGAAGGCAGCACUUUUGGUUCCUCCAGAAAGCCCAUCUCUGCUCUCUCACCUCAGACAGAUGUGGCAGAUGACAACUACAAACCUCCCAGCUCUCAGAAGGCUUACAAGAUUGUGCUUGCUGGGGAUGCUGCAGUGGGGAAGUCCAGCUUCCUCAUGAGACUCUGCAAGAAUGAAUUUCGAGGAAAUACAAGUGCUACCCUGGGAGUUGAUUUCCAGAUGAAGACUCUGAUUGUGGAUGGAGAGCAGACAGUUCUGCAGCUUUGGGAUACAGCUGGCCAGGAGAGAUUCAGAAGUAUCGCCAAGUCUUACUUCAGAAAAGCAGAUGGGGUCUUGCUGCUCUAUGAUGUUACAUGUGAAAAAAGCUUUCUUAACGUACGAGAAUGGGUAGAUAUGAUCGAGGAUGCCUCCCACAAGACUAUUCCUAUCAUGUUGAUAGGAAACAAGGCUGAUCUUCAUAAUACUGCUACUUCAGAGGGCCAAAAAUGUAUCUCAGGGUUUCUUGGAGAAAAACUGGCCAUGACCUAUGGGGCAUUAUUCUGUGAAACAAGUGCCAAGGAUGGCUCCAGUGUGGUGGAAGCUGUUCUCCAUCUUGCUCGGGAAGUGAAAAAAAGGACAGAGGAUGACGACAGCAAAUCCAUCACCAGUCUAGUUAGGUCCACUUCCAGAAAGUCACUACAGAUGAAGAAUUGCUGCAAUGGUUAAUUUGUGACUUUGGUUCUUAAUGGAGUGGUACAUCGUAUUGACUGUCCUAUUGAGAAUCACAGCAUGAUAAGUCUGAGUCGUAUUCUCCUGUCCUGUGUAACUACAGCUCUUCUUUGCUGUAUCUCAGUGAACCACUUGCGCUUUCUGAUACUAUAGAUCCUUAAAAAAUAAUGUGUUAAUACAUUACACGCUCAGAUGAACGCUAUAGAGAAACAAUUGAUGUAAUUCAUGAGGUAACUGGUUUUGUAGUUAACCCACAACACUGUUACUUCAUUCUUGUUAAUUAUUUAAGGAAGUUAACACUUUCAUACUCAUUUCAUGAGAAUGAGAGGACUGGCAUUAUAUCAUAGAUGAUGUUUUCAAACUAUGGAGUAGUUUGAGUUAGCAUGAAUAUUUUCAUUUGGCAAAAUGGCCAGUGUUAGCAAAUGUUAACUAGCCUGGUUAACUAGGGAUGGGUGUGUCACCAGUCCACAUUAGGUGUGCUCCCCUCCAAAGACAAAUAGCUUGGCUUUAAAGGCCUAUCAGAUUCUGUAACAUUUUCAGCAGGAGGGCACCAAUGAUCCACAGAUACUAAGGCCUUUGGUGAUUCCUGCCUAUUAAUACUGAGGUAUUGAUUUUUCUCACUUUGAAGUAAGAUCAGAGUUUAGUUGAGAAAAAUGGAAAUAUUUUAGAUUUCAGCAGACAUACAGUAUUUUUAUGAAUAAAGAAGAUAUGUUUGAAAAAGCAUAUGAUAAGAGAAUAUAAUCUCAAAAUACUUAUGAAUUAUGAAGUCUAUGGUUUAAAUUUAUGUGAAAAUUUUAGUGAAAUCAUGUAUAAGCCACGUACUACUGAAAGCUCUAUGCCACAAAAAUAUAUCCUACCUAGUGGCUGCCAGAGGCUAAGGAAAGGGGGGAUUGGUAGGGAUGGCCGGUAGACAUCUGCCCUCUUAAGAAAUUGAUGACAGUAUUGUGUUUCACAGUUAGACUAACAGUAAUGGUGGUAUCAUUUUGAGUAUCAUAAAAAUCAACUGAGCCGUGUACUUUGAAAGGAUACAUUUUAUGAAUGUGAAUUAUGUGUCAUUAAAAAGAUACUGGCACCUAGAAUAAUUUAAUAUUUUGCCAAAUGAAAAUAUUCAUGGCAUUUCACAUUUGUCUGAUUGCAUUAUCUAUAAAUAAUACCAGUCUUUCACCCCCUAAUUCUAAGCAUUAACUUUCUUAAAUAGUGAAGAAAAAAAGUAUUAUGUAUGGCUUUGGAAAAUGCUGCCUUUAAAAGAGGACUUGAGCUUCAAAAAGUGAGUCAGUUCUUGGUGUCAUGUGACUUGAUUAGUCUUGCUUUUCCAGACUUCUCCAACAAAUUGUCUUUUAGCCAAGGGACUCACAUCCUGACCAAGCUAGCAAUGCCAGGUUGUCAGCGAUCAGAACAAAUCGGAUUGUUCUUAGCAAGAGACUCAUAACUUGCUUCAUAUAGGUCUAGGCUUCAGAUAGCUUACCAAAAACAUAAAUAAUAGUUGUUACUUAUGUAAAUUCUACUAUGUAAGUUCAAAUAAUUUCUUUUCGGUGGAUUAAAACAAUUCCUAGACCUGGGGAGAUAGCUCAGGAAGCAGAAGUGCUUGUUGCACAAGCUUGCCGACCCAGUUUUGAUCCCAGGAAUCCACAAUGGAGGGAGACAACUGACUCCCAAAAGUUGUUCUCUGACCUCUGAAUUCCACAUGUACACCAUUGCAACCACAUAGCAUGCUCAAGCACACACAUACACAAAGAAAUAACUUGACCAAAAGAAAUUCCUUAUAACAAUCCAUUUUGUGCUUUUGAUUUUUAUAAUCAAGCUUUAAAUUCCUUGAACUUUUUUUUUCCUAAAGGAAAAUUUACUAAAUACAGUUAUACUAAGAGGUGAUAAACACAUUCUUUAUCCCUGCUGAAGGCAUUUGGGAUUUUUACUAGAAAAGUAAAUCCUCAGUAACCACAAAUAAAUUGUUUUAUGGCUUCCAGCCCCAGGUAAAAAGAUUACAUUUCUGACCAAAACGAAAGUCUUAUUUGUGAGAAAGUGUCAUACAAAUGGCAGGUGGGAAUGGUGAUUGUUUUGUGGCAUGGCUAAAAGUUUUUUCAUUGCUAUUUGCCUUCAGGGCAGUAUCUGCAGCCCAGAUGAGACUGUCUGAUGUGUUGAUAAAACAGCACAUGUGUGGGUCUCACUGCAUAAACUCUGUUAUUAUACGUUUUACUGUAUUCCCUUUAUUUCCUCCAAAAUAUCUCUUUCUACAAUUAAAAGCAAGAAUAGAUCCUUAAUACAAAUGUAUUGUCUUGAUUUCUGCAUCUGUAUUAUACUGUCAGAACACCUAAGUUGAUCAGGAGAUUACAUGCCUUCAGUAGAGGAACCAACACCUAAAUUAGAGACAUAUCUUUGGUUAGCAAAAACUCUUUUUAUCUUCCUUACCGGAAGACCACU